AUGCAAUACCAAUACGAGAAUUAUGAUCCAUCUUUUCCCGACCAACAUGUGGUUGACCAAUACCUUCCAAUUUGGGCCAGGUUACCAGCUUUCAAAACUAAACCAGCUUUCAUUUGGGCUGAAGACUUAAACAACACAAUUUCCACUACCCUCCUAACCUAUGAACAACUCAAUACCUCAAUUGAUGUAAUCUCAACUCAACUACUCUUUCAACUUCAAAGAAAUGACACUGUCCUUAUUCUUUGCUCUUCAGGACUUGACCUUGUUAAGGUCAUUUUCGGUUGUCAAAGAGCUGCUCUUUUAACUGUCCCUAUUGUCCCUCCUCACCCUUCUUUCACCAAUGAAAAUUACCACCACCUUAUAAGAGUCAUUUCACAAACUAAACCCAAAGCCGCAAUAGCUCACCCCAAUUACAUUUCAAACAUUCAAAAUUACAUCUCUUCCACAAAUCACAACAAAAACAAAAAACUAGCUCAAUUGUUACAAACUCUCCACUGGAUUUCCAUAGAAGAUAUCAAAAACAGCAACAUAAAUUCAAAUUUUUCUUCAUUUUCGUAUAGUGGUCGAAAACCAAAUGAGGUUUAUUUGGUUCAAUACACUUCUGGAGCAACUGAUAUACCAAAACCGGUUCUUGUAACAACAGGUUCAGCUGCUCAUAACGUUAGAACAGCAAGAAAAGCUUAUGAUCUUCACCCAAACAGUACAAUUGUUUCGUGGCUACCACAAUACCAUGAUUGUGGUCUCAUGUUUCUGUUGCUGACAAUUGUAUCAGGUGCCACCUGUGUUCUCACUUCACCAACAUCGUUCAUCAAACGGCCAAGACUCUGGCUUGAACUAAUGUCGAAAUUUAAUGCUACUUGCACCCCCGUUCCUUCUUUCACACUCCCCCUUGUUAUCAAACGUGGAGGAAUUCACAAAGGAACUUUACCCAUUAAUCUUUCAUCUCUUGAAAACCUUAUAAUUAUCAACGAACCUAUUUACAAAGACUCGGUGGUUGAUUUUGUUCGAACUUUUUCACCUUUCGGGUUGAAAUCUUCGUCUAUUUCACCUUCUUAUGGAUUAGCAGAAAAUGGUACUUUUGUUUCAACUUCAUGGAGGGUAAAAAACGAACCUUUUUCUAGCUUCGAAGAUUUUCCAACUCAUAAACAGCUUUUACCAGUUGCGAAACUCGCUUUGAAGAACCGAAAUGAAGAACAAGACGAAGACAUUGAAAUCAUGAUUGUUAAUGAAGAAACACAUGAACCUGUUGAAGAUGGUGUUGAAGGUGAAAUUUGGGUUUGUUCUCCAAGUAAUGCUUCUGGUUACCUUGAUUACCCUUCUUUAACAAACGAAGUUUUUCAUGCAAGAAUCAGAAACAGUGUUCGUAGGUGUUUUCUUAGAACAGGUGACAGAGGAAUAGUGAAAGGUGAAAAAAGAUAUCUUUUUGUUGUUGGUAGAAUUCAAGAUACUAUAAAGCUUCAAAAUGGUGAAAAAAAUGUCAUCACUCACCCACAUUACAUAGAAACUGUUGUUUUUAACAGUUUUCCAAAGUUACUACGAGGUGGUUGUGUUGCAGUUUUUAGUGUUUUAGCGACAGUUUGUGUUGUAGCAGAGAUGCAGAGGAUUGAAAAAGAUGUUGAUGAAGGAUUAUUAAGGAGUAUUUGUGAAGGAAUUAAGGAAAGUGUUUUGAAGAAAGAGGGUGUUGAAGUUGGUUGGGUUGUUUUGGUUAAGAGUGAAUGUGUUCCAAAAACUACUUCUGGGAAAUUGCAAAGAUGGGUUGCUAAAGAGAAGCUUCUUGGUGGGAAAAUGAAGGUUUUGAUGGAGAUGAGGUUUGGGAAAGAUGUUGUCAAGAUAAAACAUGAGGUUUUGAGAAAUUUCGAUGUGAAAAAGAAUGAUGAAAUUCGUAGCUCAUUGGUCUCACAUUUAUGA